GUGGAUAAUUAAAGUGGAGAAAACGAGAGACGAUAUAAGAGGGAGGAGGCGGUGGUUUUAUUUUGGGGUGGGCUUUCCUUUCCAAUUAAAAGUGAGCAGUAGGAAUAGCAGUUGUGCUGCUUGGUGGUGGUGGUGGUGGUGGUGGUGGUGGGCUAUCUCAUAUAUCAUAUAUAAAUAUAUAUAUAUAUGGCUAUGGCUGCCGUAUCUCAUCAUCAUCCUCAGGCCGGCCACCUCCUCCUCCUAGUCAGUGGCGGUGGGUUUCGUAAUAAUAAUAUCUCCUACUCUAGUACUACUUCUACUACCAGGCGUACGCCUUCUCUCAAUUUUCGAUCCAAACCCAAAUGGUUUUCUUCUCCUAUCAGAUGCCAAUCAACUAGUACUGAUGAACCAAAAACAAGGAAUCUACUUGACAAUGCAAGCAAUCUCCUAACAAAUUUUUUAAGUGGGGCAAACUUAGGAUCUAUGCCAGUUGCUGAAGGUGCGGUUUCUGAUCUAUUUGGUCGACCUCUUUUCUUGGCACUCUAUGAUUGGUUUUUAGAGCAUGGUUCGGUGUAUAAACUUGCUUUUGGACCAAAAGCAUUUGUUGUUGUAUCAGAUCCUAUUGUUGUGAGACAUAUCCUUCGUGAAAAUGCAUUUUCUUAUGACAAGGGAGUCCUUGCUGAUAUUCUAGAACCAAUAAUGGGAAAAGGGCUUAUACCUGCUGAUCUCAAUACUUGGAAGCAGAGGAGACGAGUUAUUGCUCCUGGAUUUCAUGCCUUGUACUUGGAAUCUAUGGUCAAAAUAUUUACAAAUUGUUCUGGAAGAACAAUAUUGAAAUUUGAGGAGCUUCUGGAAAGGGAGGGCUUGAAUGGAGGGAAGGAAAUUGAGUUGGAUCUUGAAGAAGAAUUUUCAAGUUUGGCACUUGAUAUUAUAGGGCUUAGUGUUUUCAACUAUGACUUUGGUUCGGUCACAAAAGAGUCCCCUAUUAUUAAGGCAGUAUAUGGUACACUUUUUGAAGCUGAGCAUCGCUCGACUUUUUACAUCCCUUAUUGGAAUAUUCCUCUGGCAAGAUGGUUAGUUCCCAGGCAGCGAAAAUUCCAGAAGGACCUUAGGGUCAUCAAUGACUGUCUUGAUGGUCUCAUUAGAAAUGCAAAAGAGACCAGACAGGAAACAGAUGUUGAGAAACUACAGCAAAGGGACUACUCAAAUCUUAAGGAUGCAAGUCUUUUACGAUUUUUAGUUGAUAUGAGAGGAGCUGAUGUUGAUGAUCGUCAGCUAAGGGAUGACCUGAUGACGAUGCUUAUUGCUGGCCAUGAAACAACAGCUGCUGUGCUUACUUGGGCUGUUUUCCUUCUUGCACAAAAUCCUUCUAAAAUGAAGAAAGCUCAAGCAGAGAUUGAUUUGGUGCUUGGUCAGGGCAGACCAUCUUUUGAGUCACUUAAGAAACUAGAGUUCAUCAGACUUAUUAUUGUGGAGGCUCUACGUUUGUUUCCGCAGCCUCCGUUGCUUAUCAGACGCACUCUCAAGUCAGAUUUAUUACCAGGAGGAUAUAACGGUAACAAGGACGGAUAUGCAAUUCCCGCCGGAACAGAUAUUUUUCUUUCUGUUUAUAAUCUCCAUAGAUCUCCAUAUUUCUGGGACAAACCUCAUGAAUUUGAACCAGAGAGGUUUCUAGCACAAAAAAAUAGUGAAGGCAUAGAAGGGUGGGCUGGAUUUGAUCCAUCUCGAAGCCCCGGAGCAUUAUACCCAAAUGAGAUUAUAUCAGAUUUUUCCUUCUUGCCUUUUGGUGGAGGACCAAGAAAAUGUGUUGGAGACCAAUUUGCACUGAUGGAAUCGACGGUGGCAUUGGCAAUGUUGUUACAGAAUUUUGAUGUGGAGCUGAGAGGAUCUCCCGAAUCUGUGGAACUUGUUACCGGGGCAACAAUUCAUACAAAGAAUGGACUUUGGUGCAAACUUAAGAAGAGAUCUGAUGUUCAUUUGAAAAAGAGUGAGCAAUAGAGAUUGCACGCGUAUAAGCCAAUAAUUGUAUCUACCAUCUAGUGUACUCCAGGAAAAAAUUUACACAUUAAGUACUGUGAAAGCCUGAAUAUAUAUUUUGUCCUUCAUCAAUAUAUGUAAACCUAAUGUCUCAGGUUAUGUUAAUUUUCCUGACAUAGUCGAUCAAAGAUGGGGGAAAUUACCCAUAGGUCCCAUGUGGAACAUGUGAACACCAUUUAAUCCCAUAACUUUUUGAGUACA